AUGACGUUGUUCAACGGAGAACUGCCUUUCUACCCCCGACCCCAUUUUGCCGCCGGCAUCAGCGUUCCCCUGUUAGUGGUCAUCGUAGUAUUCUUGGCUUUGGCAGCCAGUUUCCUACUCAUUCUUCCCGGAAUCCGCGGUCACUCGCGCUGGUUCUGGUGUGUUCGAAUUCUCAUCAGUCUGUUCAUAGGUGCAGAGAUUGUAGCGGUGAACUUCAGCGGAGAAUGGUAUGUGGGCCGAGUAAGAGCUAACACUUCCUACAAGGCUUUCACCUCUGCCCAAGUCCAUGCAGAUAUCGGACUGCAAGUCGGAUUGGAAGGAGUCAACAUCACACUCAGAGGAGUCCCAGUGUACCAACUGAACGAGACCAUCAACUACAACGAGAAGUUCAGCUGGCGAUUUGGAGACAAGUACUCGGAGGAAUACGAAGAGGCGCUAGAGAGGGGGCUGCCUAACCCGGUGCUCUACCUAGCGGAGAAAUUCACCCCGGCCAGUCCCUGUGGCUUGUACCGCCAGUAUCGACUGGCGGGACAUUAUGCUUCGGCUACACUCUGGGUAGCAUUUUGCUUCUGGCUGCUUUCCAACGCGCUUCUCUCCAUGCCGGUCCCACUUUAUGGAGGACUCUCUCUGCUGUUCGCUGGCGCCUUCGUUUUUUUUGCUAUCUUCUCCUUCGUUUCCAUCUCCAGUGUGCCCCUAUGCCCGAUCCACCUAGGCUCGAAACUUCUCACCACCCACUAUGGGGUAGCCUUCUGGAUCACGCUGGCCACAGGUAUCUUAUGCCUCCUCCUAGGAGGGAUGGUGGUGUGUCUACACUACACAAAGCCCAGCGCCCUAAGAACUUUCUUGGACCUGAGCGAUGACCACGUAGUCCAAGCGAAGAGCUUGACACCCCAUUUCUACAGCAAUCCCCUUCACCAGUCCCAGAAAUGCAAAGAGGGGAAACCAGACAUACAACUCGUGGUUUGCAUUUAGCGGGCCUUCACGCUCCGGACUUUUGUUCUCACACCCAGA